AUGCCUGGUCGCGCGGGCCAAGCCGCCCGUGAGCGGAACGCGGCCGCCCAGCGGCGGCGUCGUGAGCGGCUGCGCCAGGCCCAGCGUGAGGCCGAGGCUCUGCGCCUGGCCGCCGAGCGUGCCGCCGAGCGGGGGGAGGCAAGGGGGGAGGCGGCGGCGGACCGUCCCGCCCAGGACGUGGCGGACGGCGCCGUCGAUGACUCUGACGGGGAGCAGGCGGAGGCCGAGCGGGAGGCCGCUCGGGAGAGGAUUCGCGAGCGACAGCGUCAGCGCCGCGCCGCGAUGGCUGAUGCAGAGCGGGAGGCGGAGCAUCUGCUAGAUCGAGAACGGCAGCGUCAGCGUCGUGCCGACCUGCAGGAGGAGGAGCGGGAGGCCGAGCGACAGCGGGACGUAGAACGGCAGCGUCAGCGUCGUGCCGACCUGCAGGAGGAGGAGCGGGAGGCCGAGCGACAGCGGGACGUAGAACGGCAGCGUCAGCGUCGUGCCGACCUGCAGGAGGAGGAGCGGGAGGCCGAGCGACAGCGGGACGUAGAACGGCAGCGUCAGCGUCGAGCCGACCUGCAGGAGGAGGAGCGGGAGGCCGAGCGACAGCGGGACGUAGAACGGCAGCGUCAGCGUCGUGCCGACCUGCAGGAGGAGGAGCGCGCGGCCAGGCGUGCUGCCGACGCGGCGGCGGCGGCGCGGCGGCGGAGGGCGGCGCGUGAGCGCGGCAACCGGUCCGCCUGCGAUGCCGAGGCGGUGCUAAGCGGCCGGCAGCAGGUCGCUGUCCAGGACACGGGGCAACGGAACAUCAACUGCGAGCACUGUGGCGCACUGCGCUGGCCGUCGGAGCGCGCCACUCUGUGCUGCCAGGCCGGCAAGGUGCGGCUGGAGCCCGUGCCGGCGCCACCGGCUCUCCUGCGGCGCCUGUGGACGGAGGACGACCUGCUGGCCCGCACUUUCCGAGAGCACUCCCGCCGCUUGAACACGGCGCUCAGUCUCGCAUCAAUGAUGACGCGGGAGGUGCGGCCGGCGGACGGUGGCUACGCGCCGUCCGUCGUGAUCCAGGGCCGCCUCUACCACCGCCUCGGCCCGCUGGAGGCUGGCGACGGCCACGAGCCGUCGUUCGCCCAAAUUUAUGUGAACGACCCGGCCUGCGCAGACCCGGCGACGGAGGCGGCCAUGCGGCUCGGCCACGUGCCGCUGCCGCGAGCCACCAGCCCGGCGGUGCGGCAGCGCCUCCUGACACUGCUGGAGGACCUGCAACUCCUGUUACGCGAGGUAAACCCUUACGUGCAGGAUUUCAUCCUGGCCUCCGAGCUGCCCGAGGACCAGGUGGACCAGCAGCAGCUGGUCAUCAGCGCCGAGGCCCGCCCGGCCGACCAGCACCGCCGGCGCUACAACCCUGCCGAGGGGUUCAGGGAGGCGGCGGUGCUCAUCGGCGACGAGCCCGUCCAUCAGGACAUUGUUCUGCGGCGUCGGGCCGGUGCUGACGGCCCGGCGCUGCAGACAAUCAACGAGACCCACCGCGCCUUUGAGGCCCUCCACUACGUCCUCCUGCUGCCCUUCGGCACCGACGGCUGGCAGCCCGGCCUGCGGCACGCGGUGCCCAACGCCCGCGGCGUGUACGGGCAGCUCACGCUGACGCAGUACUACGCGUACCGCCUUCAAGAGCGACCCGGGAUGGACGACACCCUCCUGCGCGGCGCGCGUCUGCUCCAAGAGUACGUCUGCAUGGCGUUCGCGCGCGUCGAGACGCAGCGACUCCUGUGGGCAGCACGCAACCAGCAGGCUAUCCGCGCCGACCUCUACCAGCGGCUGGAGGACGCGCUUCCGGUGGACGCGCUCGCCGAGCAGCGCGAAGGCGAGCAGCGGCUGGGUCGGCGCAUCAUCCUGCCGGCCAGUUUCACAGGAGGUCCGCGCUUUUACCAGCGCCGGUGA